AUGAGUGACCUCUCUAGUAUCCAUGAGAAGGUCUUCGAAAACAGCGAUGCGAAACGCUUGGUCAUGAAAUUCGACACAAACCGUCUAGACCCCCACGACUAUGCCAAUUCAGCAAAGAGAAUUCUCAAUGAGGUCUUUCCUGACUGGGAACGUGACAGCCGGAUUCUCUUCCUGGCUAUGGAGGUGUUUCAACGGCGCACCUUCAUAGCCAUUGAUAUUAACCAUCAUGACUACGACUUCAAGACAGCACAUGAGGACGAGAAGCCACUUCCUGUCUAUUGGCUUAGACAGAAAAAGCACUGGACUCUCAAUCGAAUACCUAAGGAGGAUACUAGAACUUGUCGGAGAUUGGCAGAGCUUCACCGGUCCCAUGGUUACAACGCCACGCUGCCUCUUGUGGAGGAUUGCACGUCAGUUAUUGUGCACGACGAUCCCCGAUAG